AUGGUGUAUGCGGCCUUUAACGUCAACCCUUCACGUUGGCCUCAUGCAGUGCUUUCAAAGCCUCCUGCACAUUUAUCUUACUGGUAUGACUUUAACCAAUUUGACAACUCUACUGUUCUUCCACUCAUCACACAUAUUGUUUACGACCGCAUCUCCAAUGCCACAGCAAUUCUCAGUCAGGAUCUUAGCAACCAUUCCAGCUUCUGUGUGAAAGACCCGGAAGCUGAUUGGAACCGCGCAUUUAACUUUUCGUCUAAUCUAGAAUUCAUAAUUUCAUGCAUUCGAAAGACUAAAGGAGAUGUCACACGGCGUUUGUGUACAGCAGCAGAGAUGAAACUGUACUUUAGAAGUAUAUUUGAAAAAUCUGAGAGCGAAAAUUACUUGAAGCCUAACAAAAAUUGUAACUUUACCUCAUGGAUUUCGGGGUGUGAGCCUGGAUGGGCUUGUAGCAGUAGCCAGACUCAGGAUGUUGAUCUUCAAAAUCCAAACAGCAUUCUUGCAAGAACUCACAACUGCCAGCCUUGUUGUGAUGGAUUCUUCUGUCCGCACGGUCUUACUUGCAUGAUACCUUGUCCAUCGGGUUCUUAUUGUCCCCUGGCAACACUGGACAAAACAACUGGUGUUUGUGAACCUUACAAGUACCAACUACCUCCUGGGAAACCUAACCAUACAUGUGGAGGAGCAAACAUAUGUGCUGAUCUUGGUACUAGUAGUGAAGUAUUCUGCCCAGUUGGAUCAUACUGUCCAACAACUGUCAAAAACUUUCCAUGUACUAGUGGGCACUACUGCAAGAUGGGUUCUACCUCUGAGAAAAGCUGCUUUAAGCUGACUUCAUGUAAUCAAAGCACUCCAAAUAAAACCAGCUAUGCAUACGGAAUGAUGCUUAUUGCAGCUCUAUGUACUCUUCUGCUUAUUGUUUACAACUUUUCCUACCAAGUUCUUGCCAUUAGGGGUAGGACAUUGGCCAAAUCCCGGGAAGUGGAAGCAAAAAAUGCAAGGAACAUGGCAAUGUCAAGCAAAAGAUGGAAAUCUGCAACAGAAGCUGCUAAGGAUUUUGCAAGUGGAUUGUCGGCUCAUUUAUCACCCAAGUUUUCUCGGAAAAUUGACAUCCCAGGUGCACCUCUGCAUCCAAGUGCAUUCUCUGCUUCUAAAUCCUCACCUAUGUCAUCAAAAGAAAAGCAAGAGGAAUCUAAUGAGCUCAUCCAGAUGAGUGACACAGAAGACAAUCCAGAUAGCUUCGAAGGUUUUAUAUUUGGACCUGAGGAUACUGUUGUAGGAAAUGUGUCAAGAGGAAAACUAACACGUACUCAUAGCCAGAUAUUCAAGUAUGCUUAUACUCAACUUGAGAAAGAAAAGGCUCUGCAGCAAGACGGCAAGGACCUUACCUUACCUGGGGAGGUUGUAAUGGACAAUAAAAUUAAGACAAGGAAAAGGCCUCUAAUUGAGGUUUCUUUUAAAGACCUUGCACUUACUGUAAAACAGAAAAAUAAACAUAGACAUAUAACUGGUAAAAUAACUGGCCACAUUACUGCAGUCAUGGGUCCGUCAGGAGCUGGAAAAACAACAUUUAUUUCUGCUAUAGCAGGAAAAGCAAUUGGAUGCAAGGUGACUGGUAUAAUUCAUAUAAAUGAAAGGAAUGAGGCAAUCCAUUCUUAUAAAAUAAUCAUAGGUUUUGUGCCGCAAGAUGAUGUUGUGCAUGGAAACUUGACAGUGGAAGAGAAUUUGUGGUUCAGUGCAAAGUGCAGAUUGUCAGCAGACUUGUCAAAACCAGAUGACUUUCUAGUGACUGAAAGGGUUAUCGUGUCCUUGCGCCUUCAGACAGUACGCAAUUCCUUGGUUGGAACUGUUGAGAAGCGCGGAAUUUCUGGUGGACAGAGGAAACGUGUGAAUGUUGGCAUGGAAAUGGUUAUGGAACCUUCACUUUUGCUUUUGGCUGAACCCACAUCAAGGUUCUCUUCUCAGCUACUUCUUAAAGCACUUCGACGGGAAGCUCUUGAAGGGGCUCUACUGUGCAAAAUUGCGGCUUUGAGAUCGUUUUCUCUGGAUAAAAUACACUAUUGGAGAGAAGCUGCAUCUGGAAUGAGCAGCCUGGCUUAUUUUCUCGCCAAAGAUACAGUCGAUCAUUUUAAUACAGUGAUCAAACCGUUGGUGUAUCUAUCCAUUUACUACUUCUUCACCAACCCAAGAUCAAGCUUAGCGGAUAAUUACAUUGUUCUACUCUUUCUUGUGUACUGUGUAACUGGUAUAGCCUAUGCAUUAGCAAUCUUCUUUGACCAAGGUGCAGCCCAACUGUUAUCAGUCCUCCUUCCUGUUGUCAUGACUCUUACAGCAACACAGCCUCAGGAUAGUAAAAUUCUAAAGAUUUUGGCCAAUUUUUGUUACCCUAAGUGGGCUUUAGAGGCAUUUGUGAUUGCAAAUUCUGAAAGGUACUCUGGGGUAUGGCUAAUAACUCGUUGCGGGACACUUUUGAAAAGCGGCUACGAUCUUCAUGAUUGGAAUAUAUGUAUAUUUGUCUUGAUCAUAACUGGUCUAGUUAGUCGUGUGAUCGCAUUCGUUUGUAUGCUGAUCUUUCAGAAGAAGUGA